GUUUGUACUAUCUCUAUCAGUUUGUACUAUCUCUAGCCGUAUAGAUAAGCUUUAGGUUAUACCCAUUAGGUCAUUCCCUUUGAAACAGUGAAAGAGAAGAGCCGAAGUCGCCGUCAGCCAUGAGAAAACGGCGAAAAACCGUCUCGGAGGAUCGUCUUACCAUCACCCAACGCAAUGCACGACCAGAGAACGAACGAGAAAAUUCAUCGCCACACAUCCCAGUUGAUCAAACCAUCGACAUAUGCUCGAGGCUGCAGGCGAAAUCUGUAGCUGCAUGUCGCUGCGUAUCGAAGCUCUGGGCCUCCACACUUCGCCUUUCCCAUUUCAAUGAGUUGUUCUUGACCAGAUCUUUGGCUCGCCCACAGAUAUUGUUCGCCUACAAAAAACACGGCAGGUUCUGUUUCUUCUCCUCCCCUCAACCUCAAAAUCCGGAUGAGAACUCUUCUCCCAUAGUCGCUGAUUAUCAUAUGAAGCUCUCCUUUGAUGGUCUUUUUUGUGAAAUGAGUGAAUCUGUUCAUGGCUUGGUCUGUCUUAUUUAUACUAAGGAGAUCCCAAGGGGAAGGACGGAAACGGUGCGGGUGAUAUGUAACCCUAGCACCGGUCAGUCCUUACCUUUACCCAAAGUGACGACAAAGGGAACUAAGGUGAUAAGCUAUUUGGGAUAUGAUCCAGUUGAUAAACAGUUAAAGGUAUUGUCCAUGACCAGGCGUCAUGAAUAUACAUGGGCGUGUGGUGGGCAUCAAAUUCUGACUUUAGGGACUCGAGAACUUUCGUGGAGAAUGAUCUACUGUCGCAUACCUCAUGAUUUGCCUCGUAAAAGUAUAUGCAUCAAUGGCGUUUUGUAUUAUCCAGCUACAAAUAGGUCUUCAGGGGAUAGCAUGAUAGUUUGCUUUGAUGUAAGGUCUGAAAGUUUUAAGUCUAUUAUAGUCGUCGAAGAUGUCUAUAGAGCAGCGCGUGAUGGAUAUCUUAUAGACUACAAUGGUAAAUUAGGUUUAUUUGAGUGGGAUUUUGAUUUUGAUGGAAGUCUUGAGUUGCUGGUUCUAGAAGAUGCCGAAAAGCCAGAAUGGUCGAAGCAUACAUACGUAUUUCCUCCUAAUUUGUGGGAAGAUAUAGUGGGAAAUACCGAGGUACACUUUGUUGGAGUGACUCGAACAAAUGAAUUUGUGUUCUGGAUAGAACGUAUGAUGCCUUCAUGCGUUGUCUACUGCAAUAUCGAGAGAAAGACGAUCGUAAGAGUUGGACUCUAUGGACUGGAAGCGGGUAAGAAUCGUAAGGUUUACACCCGUUUAGACCAUGUCGAGAACGUUAAUCUUGAGCUACUGUUGUAGUUAAGACUUUACUAUUUAUCUUUUGUACCAAAAGCUACUUUUAUCUUUUGGUUCUCGUCAAUUCCUAUGGAUGGGAUCGUAUGACUUUUGUAAUAAUACUACUUUAUGUUUGUUUUGGUUACAUUAUUUUGGUUUUUUCAAAAAACUAUUGGUGUUCUGUUUU